UCAGAGUCAGGCGCGGCGUUCUGUUAAAUAACCGUAAAGUAAUAACGGAGCGUGCGUUGGGUGGUAUAAGUCGAUAACAGGCCGUCCGCAGAAAGAACCGAUACGAGAAGGUUUCAAAUUAAUCUGCGUCCUUCGAAGUCCUUUGGGAAGUGCGGCAUAUCUUGGUGUGCAUCUGUUCUUGCACAGUACGAACAUAUUGAUUGUGCAUCAUGGCAGGCCAAAAGUUCGAGUAUGAUGAAAGUGGCUCAACGUUUUAUUACUUCCUUCUUUGCUUCCUGGGGCUAGUAUUGGCUCCAGCCUCCUACGUAUAUUUCCUUAAAGAUGAUAAGAAAGACGACGUGUCCGAAACAAGGGACGUCAGCCUGUGCCAGUGCGGUGGCUGUGUGAGAAAACGGCACUUGCUGAAGCUGAAGGAGCCUUCGAAAAAAUGGAAACGGCGGACAGUGCAGGUGCUGCUGGUACUGGGGUGGAUCGCUGUCGCUAUGCUGGUGCAGAGGGUGCGCGAGUUCGACUACGAGUACGCCAACUUCGACCCGUACGACAUCCUCAGCGUGUCACCGGGAGCGAACAAGGCGGAUAUCAAGAAGGCCUACAAAAAGCUGUCGCUCACUGAGCAUCCCGAUAAGGGAGGAGACGAGAAGAAGUUCGUCAAGAUUAGCAAAGCGUACCAGGCUCUGACCGACGACGUAGCGCGGCGCAACUGGGAGCUGUACGGCAACCCAGACGGGCCGGGCGUCAUGAACUUCGGCAUCGCACUGCCCUCGUGGAUUGUGCAGAAGGAGAACUCGGUCUGGGUGCUGGGCGUGUAUACGCUGGUCUUCAUGAUCGCCCUGCCAACGGUGGUUGGCGUCUGGUGGUACAAUUCGAUCAAGUUCUCCGGAGAUCAGGUGCUGUUGGACACCACCCAGCUGUACUUCUACUUCUUCCACAAGACGCCGCACAUGAUGCUGCGCCGGGUGCUCAUGGUGCUGAGUGCUUCGCUGGAGUUCGAGCGCGGUCACAACUCAGAGGUACAGAUGCGGCCCAGCGACAACUUCGAGGUGCCGCUGCUCAUCAAGCGGCUGCCCAACCUCAGCGAGAACAACAAGGAGCGGCCGCUGUGCUUCGAGUACUCGGUCAAGGCGCGCUGCCUGCUGCACGCGCACCUGACGCGCCUGCCUCUGCCGCCGGCCACGCUGGAGGAGGACCGCAGCGAAAUUGUGCGCAAGUGCCCGUACCUGAUCCAGGAGAUGGUGACGUGCAUCAGCCAGCUGGUGAUGCUGGCGCACGCCGGCCGUAUCUCGCGCCUGCCCAGCCUGGAGACCAUCGACAACACCAUGAAGCUGUGCCCGAUGGUGGUGCAGGCACUCUGGGACUCAAAGUCGGUGCUGCUUCAGCUGCCGCAUGUCGACGAGACCUUUCUCCGCUACUUCGUCGAUAAGAAGCGCAAGAUCAACGUGAAGACGUUGCAGCAGUUUGCCGAGCUCGACCCGCUGGACCGGCGUCACGUGCUGAGAAACCUGGGGGACGAGGAGGCGCAGAACGUAGAGAACGUGCUGCUGCACAUGCCGCACGUCACGAUGGACGUCACGUCCGAGGUGUUGGAUGACGAGAACUCGGGCGAGUUCACUGCCGGGGCCAUCACCACGGUGACUGUCCGCCUGACCCGCCGUGACCUGGGAGAGGCGCACCAGCAGGAGCAGCCGGACAAGGUGGAGCCGGACCAUGAGGACGGUGCUGGAGACGAGGCCAAACACGAGCAGAAUAAAACUCCUGUUUGGAUGAAGAACAAGAAAAAAGCCAAGACGGGCAAGAAGCCGGCCAAGAAGCACACCAAAGUGAAGUCUCAAAAGCCGGACGAAUCACCGAAGCCUUCUAGUGAGCGCUCUGAGGAGCACGCGUCGGCCAGCGACGACGAGCGCGCCUCGGCCGACGAGUCGGACCGGUCCGGCGCCGGCUCCGACAGCGACGACGAGUCGGCGACGGCCGGCCGGCCCGGCCGCACGGCCGACGAGCGCGAGACCGACGACGAGGAGUGGGAGCGCUUCCAGUCGCGCAUCAACAAGCGCGGCAAGGCGCUGGAGACGAAGUCGCGCGUCUCGCACGCCGUGCACGCGCCGCACUUCCCCGACGAGAAGCAAGAGUACUGGUGGGUGUUCGUGUGCGACCGCAAGAACAAGGGACUGGUGACGGCGCCGUUCCAAGUGACCGACCUGGUGACCGAGGCCGAGGUGGAGCUCAAGUUCACGGCGCCGCGCAAGCCGGGCCUGUACACCUUCACCGUCGUACUCCGGUCCGACUCCUACCUGGGCUUCGACCAGGCUAAAGAUAUCAAGCUGGACGUCAAGCAGGCGUACGAGAUACCGGUGGAGCACCCGCAGUGGGAUAUUAGCGACGAGGAGGAUAAGUCGGACGACGAGAGUGACGUGGACGAGUUCGCCACCGACGACGAGCUGGAUGAAUCGGAGCUGGAGGGCUAAGACGAGUUGCCGGGCCCGCAUCGUCCGGCCGGUGUCGCCACACGGGUGGGGGGGGGGGGGGGGGGGGACUGGUACGAGCCCAGCAAGGGCAUGGCGAACGAGGGAGAAAUACAUGCAACAGGUCACGAGGGCUCGUUUUCUCCGCUGUGGUCUGGGAUGGGUGGGAUGGACGAAGCUCCGCUGUGCCGGUACUCCGCGCGUCGGCUAUAUUCCAUGUGUGCGAGAGCUUGUGUGAGCGAGAGGUGCGACACCGGGGGUCGGCGGUGGCGCCGGCUGCGCUCCUGCACCGGCGCGCGUAUACCAGCGAGCUGUCCAGACGUGCAAACCCACCCACUUAUCAAACCCACACACCCAAACCCACCCACAAACCCACUCAGCGCCAGUCGGCGGGGGCGGCAGGCGCUCCCUGCACCUGGCGUGUGCGUACCGUCGGGUCGACAAUACGCCCAUAUACAACAAUAAUAAACGACAAUGUAUGCGACAACAAACAAAAAAAUAUACGACCUCAGAACCCCUCUUCCAUACGCCGCGUCUGUCCCCCUUACACUGCGCACAAGGGAAUGUAACACCAGUUGUGCGACGCGACGGGCGCGUCCACAGGCCUGCAGCGGCCCCACCCCCCCUAAUGCCGCUGCUCACACACAGUAGCAGAUGAAUGGAGAGCCAGCCGGGCCGGGCCGGUCUGUUCAUGUGGUGCGAGGUCAGUGUUGUGGCGACGGACGUGGUGCGCGCGGGUCAUGUGAGGUCGUGAGCGUGUGUGCGAGUCUCCGUGGUGGUGAUGGUUGCGUCCCGUUCGUUGCUUGCUGUGCACGUUUCUUAGUUUUCUUCUCUGCGUCGUAAGUUUCGGGGCAUUUGUGAAGUAUUUUAUGAAAUAAACAUCAGAUGGAUG